AUGAAAAAGAAAGGAGAAGUACCAAUGGAGAAUAGGGAGGAAAAUGGUGAAAAAUUCAGUGGUGCAUUUACAAAGCCGGAAACCAAUCCCAGUGUUGACCGGCUUCCGGGGGAUUCCGGUGCUGAGAUGGAGCUGCGGCUGAAGACCGAGCUUCGACUAUUGGAGACCGAGUUGGCGGCUGGAGAUCAAGCGGCGGCUGGCUGGAGGCCGAGGUGGGGGGGGGGCUGGUGUACCCCACCGGGGGGGUAUGGACAGAAAAGGGGGGGGGGGGGGGGCUAUGAACAGCGGGAGGGAGGGAACAGCUUGGAACCGGAGUCGGGGACCGGAGGUCGGGGUGGCGGGGAGCGGCGACGGGGGUCGGCGCCGGGGACCGGAGGUCGGGGCCGGCGGUAG